CGCUGCUCCGGAAGGUCCGCCAGGACCUCGCCUCCCAGCUGGUCCCAACCCACUCCGGCAGGCCACGAGGCAGGUGGCUACACGUCGCCCCGGACCAUGGUGGUGCUCAAGGGAAUCCCUGCGCUGCUCUCCCCGGAGCUGCUCUUCGCCCUGGCAAAGAUGGGGCAUGGAGACGAGAUUGUUCUUGCCGAUGCCAACUUUCCUACUUCUUCCAUAUGCCGGAAUGGCCCAGUGGAAGUCAGAGCAGAUGGCUUGGGCAUCCCACAGCUACUGGAGUCCAUUUUGAAGCUGCUACCCUUGGAUACUUAUGAGCCAAAUUCGGUAAUGGUAAUGGACCCGGUAGAGAGUGACAAGGCCAAAGGUCUCCAGACACCUGAUGUGUGGCAAACCUACAAAAGCUUCCUGUCUCAGGCCGGCUUCAAGGCAGACCUGUGGAAGAUGGAAAGAACCAGUUUUUAUGAACAGGCAAAAAAAGCUUUUGCUGUGGUUGCAACAGGAGAAACAGCUCUAUAUGGGAACAUAAUUCUCAAGAAAGGUGUGAUUGCCCCACAGGAGCAGCACUAGGCCCUGAGGAUGAAGAAGACUUGGUUUCAGCCAUCAGAAGACACAUCCAUUCCUCGAUUCUGGAAUGAUCACUUACACUAAUAAAUACAUACAUUGGCUCUCA